GCUAAAUUCCCCGCCCUACUUUCUUCCCCAACUCCAAGUCUCCAACCGCUACUGGCUAUCCAAUUUUCAAGCCGCAGCAGCCGAUCAACUUAAACCCUAUUUCAGAUUAUUUGCUUGAUCGCCACUUCCAUAUAGACCCUCUUCAAUUCUUCAACCACCUUCGUUUCCUGAAAUUCUGUAAUCUUCUUCUUCUUUGUUAGAUUGCAAUGACAGAGCAAAUCUUUGAAGAAACAAAGAAUGUACAAGAACAAAAGGAACGAGAAGUAGAAGACCCGGAGCUGUAUAGGCUUCUGGUACCCAAUGCCGAAGACCUUCCUCUCGUUCCUGCCUCAGCUAUUGAAUCCAACUUUGUCUCUUAUUUUGCUCCAGAUUUUAUGAAACCAGGACAUGACCAAUAUGUUUAUCGCCACCCCAAUGGAUUGUGUGUGAUUGGUUUGGCUGCAACACAUGUGGCUCUUAAGGAAGAAGGGGGUAUCACAGCUAUUGAUUUCAAUGUUGGAAAAUCGGAUCGCAGUGGGCUUAAGGUUACUGGAAAACGCAAGAAGAAUGCCCAGCACUUGGAGUCCAACUCAGCUUUGUGUAAAGUUUGCACCAAGGAUGCAACCUAUAUUGUGAGGUGUUGUGUAAAAGGCUCUCUUUUGGAAGUGAAUGAUAGAUUAAUCAAGCAGCCAGAAUUGCUUAAUACAGCGGCAGAUAGAGAAGGAUAUAUUGCCAUUAUCAUGCCAAAACCAGCAGAUUGGCUCAAAGUAAAGGAUUCAUUGUUGGGUCUUGAAGAGUACAAAAAGCUGAGAGAAGUUCUUUGACAUGAUGUUAAGUUGGCUAAUUGUGUUUGGUCAACAUUGAUCCUGGACAAAAGAGAGAAAACAGAGGAGAAAACAUGAAGUCUGCUGGUGCAUACUUGCCGGAUUACUCACAGGUGACAAAGCUUGAUGUGUUGACUCCUCUGACAGUCAUAAAUCCGAGAAAACGGUAUGUUUCCCCCCUGUUUUUGUAUCAUGUAAAACCAUUUCAUUUCAAAUUUUUGAAAAUAAUUAUUGUUGAAGAAAGUACAAUAAGGUCAUUUUAAACAAUUGACUUGUAGAAAUUGUAUCUGACUAUUCAUGUCAUUUUAAUAGCAUUCUCAAAUUUUGUUGCC